AUGAAGACAGUACCUCUUCUCAUGUUUUCUUGGUUUCUUUUUUCUUCGUUUUUAGGAAUCUCAGCACAGAGGUGUGCUUACAUUGUCCAUUUGGACAAGUCUUUUAUGCCUAAAAUCUUUGCUAGUACCCACAACUGGUAUUCCUCCAUUAUUGACACCAUCAAUAUUGAAGUUUCCACUUCAGAAAAUGAUCAUCAUACAACUCCAAAACUUCUUUAUUCUUAUGACAAUGUCAUUCAUGGAUUUAGUGCUGUUUUGUCUAAAGAUGAACUUGAAUCCCUCAAGAAGUCAGCAGGUUUCUUUUCGGCUUAUAAAGAUAGGAGUGUUGAAGCUCACACAACUUAUACACCUGAGUUUCUUAAACUCAAUCCUGCUUCUGGGCUAUGGCCGACUUCUGAUUUUGGUCAAGAUGUUAUCAUUGGUGCACUUGAAUUUGGUGUCUGGCCAGAAUCUGCCAGACUAUCUGAAAUUCCCAAAAAGUGGAAGGGAAUUUGCAAGACAGGAACAACGUUCAAUUCUUCAUUGUGCAACAGGAAACUCAUUGGGGCGAAUUAUUUCAAUAAGGGGAUUUCGGCUAAUGAUCCUAGUGUGAAUAUUUCCAUGAAUUCUGCUAGAGACACUGAUGGACAUGGCACACAUGUUGCUUCCAUUGCUGCUGGUAGUUUUGCUAAAGGAGUUUCAUACUUCGGAUAUGCUCCUGGAACGGCAAGAGGUAUCGCGCCACGAGCGAGGAUAGCUAUGUAUAAGUUUAGCUUUGAAGAAGGAACCUUUACUUCUGAUUUAAUUGCUGUUAUGGACCAAGCUGUUGUUGGGUCCAUCCCAUAA